CUCCGCGCGCCGCAUUCACCGGCCGGACUCCGCCGUGAGCUCAUGUCCGUUGAAACUCUCACUCGCAAACCAACAUUCCUCGCGUGCAGUGAAAUUUUAUAAAGUAUACACAUUUCGACAUAAAAUCAAAUGGGCUUGGAAAGUGAAACAUAAAACUUCGUUGUGGUGAUACGCAGUGUUCUGUAUGAGGUAUUAUUUAUUCGACUUAGUAAAGUGAAGUUUACAUUCCUGUCGAGUUUCGCACACUGUUCGGUGGAGGACUGUGGUAGCGUGACAGUUUGCUGGUGUUGUGCGUGAUUUUCAACGAGGGAGAGUCUGUCGGUGCGGUAGUCGGCGGCCGUCGUACCCCCGGCCCCGACAUGGAGAGCUACUUCGACAUCUCCAACGACCUGAAGGAUGUCUGGGACGCGGACAUCGACCCGGUAAGUCCAGAGAUGCAAGAUGUGUUGGACGAGGAUUCAGACAUGAGCGACUGGCUGGUGGAACGCGAGUCGAAGUCAGGAGUAGUUCUACACGACAGACUGAUGACAGACGCACUGGGCGCUGUGCCCAUCAAGACAGAGCACUCCUACAGUUUACAUUCAGAUGGAGAGUCUGCCCCACCCUCGCCACACCACACUAAAGUCGAUGACAUGGAAGACGAAUGUUACCCUGCUAUACCUGCGAGCGCGUGGCGCAGCCGGCGGCGCUCCAGCUCGCCGCUGGUGAAGGCUGAGCCUAAGUCAGAGCCAGACUCACCCGCCUCCUCCUGCCCACCCUCGCCCGCGCCCACGCCUACACCUACGUCUGCGUCCCUCACACACCUCGACUACGUCAUUGACCACACGACGGGCACUAUCCACAUGCCACAGGCAGUCCUGCAGCAGGUGGGCGCGGGUUCAACAGGAACGCUAGUGCUGACGGAAGAGGAGAAGCGCACACUACUGGCGGAGGGGUACCCGGUGCCCACGCGCCUCCCUCUCACGAAAGCCGAGGAAAAGUCCCUCAAAAAGAUCAGAAGGAAAAUCAAAAAUAAGAUAUCUGCACAAGAAAGUAGACGCAAGAAAAAGGAAUACAUGGACCAGUUGGAGAGGAAGGUCGAAAUCUUAGUGUCGGAGAACUCUGACUACAGGAAGAGGGUGGAGACGUUAGAGCAGAAGAACGCGAGUCUACUGAGCCAGUUGGCGGCGCUGCAGGCGCUGGUGACGCGCAGCGCCAGGAAGUGACGUCACAGCGCGACACUUGCGCCGCCGGCCAGCGACUUAACAACGGGAACCUGACACAACAUUAGACAAAAUAUUUUUAGAUUUGUCUUGUAGUGUAACGAUUCAAUCAGAUUGCAGGCUCGGAACAUCCGAAUGUAAUCAUUUGUAUUAAAAUAAAAUGUGUCCAUAUUUUAUUUACAUUUUAACUCAUUGAUUACAAACUUUUUUAUUCUAUUCUGUUAAUCAAUUUUAUUUUUUAUUUUCUUUUUAUUACUGUGGUCACAUGUCUUUUCGCGUCUAUAUUUUCAUUACAAAUGAUACAUUUUGUCCGCAGUCGGGCUUGCGAUCUGAUUAAUUUUUCUACAUAAAAAUUGUGUGAAUCAAAUCACUUAACAUUCCCACGGUUAAAGUAAAUAUAUAGUAUAAAAUGUAACAACGACACUGUCCCUAUAUCGGAGUGUAUAUUUAAAUGUAUAUUUUGGAUGUAAUUUACAAUUAUACGAAGUAACGUAGUAUCCGAACGGAAGGAAGGUACGAAUGGUUGCUCACUGUAUUCGUUAGGAAGUGGUGCUGGAUACGUCGUGGUUCAUCCCUGAGUAUUGUUUAAGGGUUCCCUGACUGCGAAGUGCCACCCUUAGGUUAUAUCACCGAUGGCGCCCCCGCGCGGGGCUGCGCUCACAGGGAAUUGGAAUAGGGAAGGCCGAUGUUGCUGAAACAUCGAUGUUAUCGAUUUGUUGAAACUUAUCGAUUUAAAAAUAUCGAUUAUAUAAAAUACCCGUAGUGGUGAUGUAUUUUUAUAAAUAAUGUUGGAAUUUAAUAAUUUUAAUUGCAGUUUUUUUCAAUAUCGCCAGUGAUAUUGAUCGUGACAUCAUUAUUAUCAUAGAAGCUAUAGUCGAUAUAUCGAGAUAACAUCGUUGGUCAUCGGUCCUCCCUACGUAUUGGGCUCUUAGGUAAUAUUAUAGUUGUCUACGCGUGUUGUUUGAAAUCUCGUAAUAUAUAUCGACGCUGCAGAAGCGUCACAACUUAGGUGUUAGUUUGUGCGUGUUUUUAUUAAAAUAUGCAAUUAGUUUAAGGAUUACUAUCGUUACCCACGGCAUACGUCGGUAUGCGCGGCGCCCGCGGGCGACCCGCUUUUACUUCAUAAUAAAUGUACUGAGAUGUUUUUAUCUAUUGUUAACCAUUUUAUUAUUACUGGCCUAAUGAUCCGACAUCGAGUUUUAAUUGAAGGAAAAGGCAUGUGACUAAACUACUUAAUGAAUUUUCGUUAUCUCCCGCACGGCCGCUACGCCGCCGGGGCGCGGUGGGCGCGGUGGGCGCGGCGGGAACUUAGCAUAAUAUGUAAGGCGUGCGCCGACGCGUCUUACCGGUUAAUUUUGAAUUCCAUGAAUUUGCAUUUAUAGCGAAAUGUGUAUCGUCCUAGAGAUUUUUAUCAUUUAUUUAAGAGUAAAAUAAGAUGUGUGCAUCCAAUAGUGGACAUAUAAAUGACCAAUUGUCAAUGGAAAACGAUUCCUGGAUCGUUGACGUCUAGUCUCUACGUAGCGAGGUGAGCGGGGGAGGGGGGCACUCACACAUUCGGUUCGUACUGCUGUUUACAUCGACAAGUACAAAUAACGUCAUGCCUUUUACUAAAAAAACCUUUAUAUUGACCAUAACUUUACUAAAAAUAUAUAUCUAUAUAUAUUUAUAAAAUUAUAAGAUAAAUGUAUUUGCUGAGCAUGAGCAACAAUUAAAGUCGAUGUUCUUAGUUCUUCACGGAACCAUGACUGCAUCUUGCUAAGACUUUGUGACACGUGGUCUCUAUUCCUAUAGCUAAAGUGAACUGAAUCUCAGUUUCUUGUUCGCUCCGGUGUAGCCUCGUUGCUACAGUCUGAGACGCAGCCGGUAACAUUCUGUCAUACUAAACAUUCCAUUAUUCGUAUAUAUGAGUGACUUAAAGUGAGCUCAGUACUUAUAUGUUAUUCUAUAUGUAAUUAAACUAACAAUUACCAUUUCUAUGUACAAAAUUGUUUGCUAUACUUGUUUAUUGUAUGUUAACGUAAUAAAUGCUAUUUAAUUUUGGUAGCAGAGAUGCAGAGGGCGGGCGUAGUGUUUACUAAGUGUGUGCAAUUACAUCGUUCUCUUUUUUAAAUCAUUUAAAGUUUCUUCCUAUUUAGUGAUAAGUAAAUGUUAUAUUUAUAUCAUCGCUGGAAUAUAUCGUGUAUUACAAUCUCGCUCCACGAAGCGGCUAAAAGAAUUUAUUGAUAUAUUUUAAGAGAUUUUUUCUAUAAAAAUUUUAGAAAUAUAUAAACACUGUUUUAUGUGUCUAUCGCUAUACAAGUUAGUUCUAUAAAUUAGUGUAAUUAUAUCUAUUUAUAUACAAAAUAUAAUUAUGUGUAAAUUACAAAGCGUGCCUGUCUUUCGUUACUGACUGUACCAAUAUAAGAAUCGAGGAUAGAUUAGAGAGGAAUGGCAAAUUAUCAUGUGCUAUUUGUAACUGUUAUAUAUUUAAAGUAUUUAACGCGUAGUUAAUAUAUUUAAUUCCUAAUAUGGCAUUUACCGUCUACAAAAGAGUGAUUUAUUUGAAAACGACUUAUAUGAUGGAACUAAAAUAGAAUAUUAAAUUAUGUAAUUAUAAAUGUAUUCGUUCCGUCGCGAUGUGUCAUUAUUUCGACAUAAUAUAACUUAAUGUUAAAUGCCAAACUUAAAUUUAUACAUACAUUUAAGUAUGAGGUGCGCAUAUUGGGUGACAAUGUCCAUGCGAGGUUGUUCUGUCGAGUUGUUGAAUGUAUGAGACGUGGACAACCUCGCAUGGAGCAAUCGCUGACGUAAGGUGUAAUGUGGACGCGCCGCGCUCACAAUAGUUUUGUUAUGUUAAUAUGAAGUGUAAUUUUAUUAAUAGUUUUAUUUGUUAAAACUAUUCGCUGUUACCUUGAGUCAUGAUUUGUUAAAUCGUUUGUUUUAUUAUUAUUUUCCAAUGACAAUGCGGAUAUUACUGUCACCCUUGAGCUAAUAAAACGAGAUAUCGUAUA